AAAUCAAAGAAAACAUUAUAGUUGUUUUGUUUACAAAAUAUAGUUGUUGUAGGUUAGGGUUAAGUUACGUUAUUUUCGUGUUGCUGUACUUUUGCAGUUCGUGGUAAUGGAAAGUCAAGUGAGCUUGGAUUUGAGAAAGAAAGUAAUUCAAGAAUUAAAUGAUGAAUUAGGCAGUGACAUUAAAAAUAUGGAAAAAUGUCGAGAAUUGUGCAAGAAAUUACAGGAAGAGAAAGAAGCCAUUGAGAAAUCGCUGUCGCUGGCGAGCAGCGAGGUGCCCUCCAAGGUGCGCGCAGCGGUGCGGGAGGUGGAGGAGGUGAGCGCGGAGGUGGCGCGGCUGGAUGGGCAGCUGCGGUCCGUGGGCGGCGCGGUGCACUGCUACCUGCGCGGGGUGGAGGCGGCGGCGAGCGACGUGCAGGGUUACGUGGAUCGCGUGGCGCAGCUCGAGCGCUGCCGGGCCUACCUGCUGCGUGUCAGGGCCGUCGAGGACUUCAGUGCGCAGAUGGAGGAGGCGCUGGCGGAGGACGACGCGCGCUGCGUGCAGGCGUACGAGUCCCUGUGCGUGCUCGGCCGGCAGCUGCGCGGCUCAUGCUGCCAGCACCUGCUCGCCUACCUCUCCGCCACCACGCGCUUCUGGCACUCCGUGCUCAAGGAGCGCCUCUCCGCGCAGUACGAGGAGGUGCAGAGGGCGGUGCGCUGGCCCUUCGUGGGGGGCAGCGUGCUGGCCGCCCCCGCCCCGGAGUCCCUGCACAGGCUGCAGCGGCUCACCGAGCUCUUGCUGCGCAUACAACUGCCGGACCCCGCGGGGGCGGAGCCCGCGGUGGCGUCCAGCCUGCUGACGGACACGGGGCCCCUCACGCUGCCCCUCGCGCUGCUGCUGCGGCCGCUCAGGAAGAGGUUCCUGUACCACUUCCACGGCUCGAGGCAGACGAACCGGGCGGACAGGCCGGAGUGGUACCUGACGCAGGUGCUGGCGUGGCUGCGCGACCACGAGCGCUUCGUGGGCCGCUGGGUGCAGCCGGCGCUGGACUCCCUGGGGCUGCAGCACGUGUGUGCCAAGGCGGAGCUGGCGCGCGGCCUGGUGGGGCUGGUGCUGGAGAAGCUGCACACUGACCUGCCCUCGCUCAUGGCGGACGACGCCCUCUUCUCGCACCUGGUGGACGAGCUGCUGGGCUUCGACCAGGAGCUGCGGCGCGGCCACGCCUUCCCCGCCGCGCAGCCCGGCGUGCUGGCCGUGCUCACCCAGGCGCACGUCUUCCUCAAGUGGAUCCACAUGGAGAAGAAGUACGCGGGGGAGAAGAUGGACGCCAUGCUGGAGUCGGAGACGGCCUGGCUGCCGCUGGGCACGGCCGAGCUGGACGAGAUGCGGGUGACCGAGUGCGGGGAGUCGUUCCUCACGCUGCUGCUGACGGUGACGGAGCGCUACGCCGGCCUGCCCCAGCCCGGACACAGGCUGCAGUUCCUGAAGCUGCAGCUGGAGCUGCUGGACGACUACCGAGUGCGACUGCUGCAGCUGCUGCACCAGGAGCCCCCGGAGCCGCUCGCCUCGCGCCUGCCGGCCAUCGCCAACACAGUGCACUACCUGGCCUGCGUGCUGCAGGACUGGGGCUCCCUGCCGCACUUUGCGCAGCUGCAGUACUACCGGCAGCGCCUGGCGGGGGCGGGGGAGGAGCCCCGGGCCGACGGCACGGUGUUCGACGACGCCCUGGCGCUGCUGGAGCGCAUGAAGGACGAGCUGCUGUCCCAGCUGUGCCACAGCGUGGAGACGGACGUGGCGGCCCACAGCCGCGAGUACCGCCGCGACAAGUGGUUCGCGAUGCCGUCGCCGCGGGAGCUGGUGAGCCCGUCCGUGUCGCCCACGGCCUGCCCCAUGCUGCAGACGCUGGCCGCGCGACUCCAGACGCUGCAGGAGAUCCUGUCCGUGCCGCUGUUCGCGCAGGCGUGGCGCCAGGUGGCCGCCCAGCUGUCCCAGUUCAUCCACGAGGAGGUGGUCAUGCAGAACAGCUUCAACGAGGGCGGGGCCAUGCAGCUGCAGUACGACAUGGUGCGCAACCUCUUCCCGCUCUUCGGCCAGUUCACGCACAAGCCGGAGGCGCACUUCCCCGCGGUGAAGGAGAGCUGCGCACUGCUGAACCUGCCGCGCGGCUCCGCGCUGCUGCUGCGCGACGCCCUGGGGCGGGAGGAGGGCUCGGGGCGGGCGGCCGUGCUGGCAGACCUGGGCGUGCUCCACCUGGGCGCUGACCAGGCGCUGGGCGUGCUGGCGCGCCGCACCGACAUGCUGGCGCUCUAGCCGUGCCGCGUGCCGUCUGUCCGAAACGCGUUGCUGCUCUGUUUAUUGUGUUGUCUGUUGAGCCACUUGUGACGGAAAAAUAUUUAUUAAUAAAAAUUACUGUUAUAUCA